AUGACUCUCCGUCUCGCGUCAGUCUAUUACUGCUGCACGCAGUAUUAUUUGCUGGUGCUCUUUAUACGCUUGACAGUGGUUCUCCAUGUGCUCUAUGAGACUGGAUAUGAGAACGAUCGGCUCUCUCUAAUACAAGCCGCGUUACUAUUAUCACUGGGAACAUCCAAUGACGCGAACAACGGUGCGACUGGCCAAUUUUGGAGGGAGAUCAGCCAUCGCGAAUGGGAGAAAUCCCAAGUUCCCGGCGAUAUGCUUGACGUGCAGUCUGUGCGCCUCUGUUGGUGUUUAUGCAUGGUGAAUGACAACGUGGCUUUACGUUCGGGCCGCCAAAGACCAUUUGUUCUUCCAGAUCGUCGAUUAGGACUGCCUUGCCUUUCGGAAUUUGAUUUUCGUUUCGAUGAUGAAAUGUUAAAUGCAAACAUUCCGGGAUCUACAUUUAUCAAGCAACCAUAUCUGCAGAAACUUCUAGCCGAAAUCUUCAUCCAUCGAGCAAAACUUCACAAGAUGAUAUCACAGAUACUGGAAGAGACACGUGAAACAAGACUCGCUCAAAUCCCCUUUCGGGGGGGCUUGGAAGAAGAAAAUCGUCUUCGCACUAAAGGCCCCGCAAAGGUGCUUACCAGAUGGGAUGUCGAACUUGAUAUUUGGUGGUCUGGUCUCCCGGAUUAUGCGUCUGGUCUCAACUCUACAUUCAAGACUGAACACCCCUCAUCUGUUCAAUUGCUUGCGUUUCACUUCGCCGUUACAGCAACAGAAUUCUUCAGUAUCUCAAAUGUCGUCCAUAAUAUCCUCAUGCGGGCGAAGGAUCUCUCAUCGCUGUGGACUCUUGCAAUUAGGCACAAGAGUACUAUGAACUCGGCAAAAUUGCUGCACAUUGUAAGCAGACUGACCGAAACUGACCAAAUACGGUAUCUCUUCAACCAUGGUCUUCCGACGAUUGAGAGUGCGUUGCAACGAUGUUUGGGCUCUUCCAUCUCCCACGAUCCUCUGCAAGCCUCGAGAUUGCUCCAUCUGACAAAAAGAAUUCUAGAUAUACGAGAGGCGACAAGUGAUAAAUCUGCCUCUCUAUCAAGCUUUGCAUGCUGUGGCACAAGCCACGUUGAGUUGAUGCCGACAAACAGCGCCGAGGACUUUUGCAACGAGAGCCCGGUUGAAAGUAGCAAGGACGUGGGUCGGACAGGAAAAUCCUCGAUUGAAGACUCUGCAAGCCCACAGGCAUUGCAAACAUUCAUGGAUUCUCCAAAUCCAGAUACACCACAAGUUUUGUUUGGGUACGGUCUUGAUUUCGAAGGCCCUGAUGAUUCUUUCUUUCUUGAUAGUGGGACUUAG